AUGAAUGGGAUCAACGGCCACUAUGGCCAGCCAAAUCCAUGGCAGGAGUUCAAAAGUGCCGAUGGACGCGUCUACUACUACAAUCCCAUUACAAAAGUUACGCAAUGGACGAAGCCAGAGGAAAUGAUGACGCCGGCUGAGCGCGCGCUUGCCAAUCAGCCAUGGAAGGAAUAUACUGCUGAAGGCGGUCGCAAGUACUGGUACAAUACAGAAACUAAGCAGAGCUCUUGGGAAAUGCCUGAAGUCUACCGCGCAGCAUUAGGAUACGAUGCCACACCAUCGGCACCCGCUCCUCCCACGCCCUUCAACGGUUCUACGGGCUCCUUUUCGACUGCAGGAUACGACAAUCCUCGCGACCACCGUGAUCACCGUGAUACAUUCCCCGAGUCGCGUCAACUAACAUUUGGCAACGAUCCCCGUAUACAAGCCUUCACACCAGCAAGCAACGAGCCUGAAUAUGCCUCAGCUGAAGAGGCCGAAGCUGCAUUCACUAAACUGCUCCGUCGGAGCGGAGUACAGCCUGACUGGACCUGGGAACAAGCGAUGCGAGCAAUGAUAAAGGACCCCCAUUUUCGCGCCAUCAAAGACCCCAAGGAUCGGAAAGCUGCCUUCGAGAACUACUGCUAUGACAUGAUUGUUCAGGACAAGGAGCGUGCGAAAGAUAGGCUGGCGAAGCUGCGAGCAGACUUUGCGACGAUGCUGAAGAGUCAUCCUGAAAUAAAGUACUACACACGCUGGAAGACCGCUCGUCCUAUUAUCGAGGGUGAGACUAUAUUCCGCUCUACUAAUGAAGAAGAUGAACGGCGUCGACUUUUUGAGGACUAUAUUACCGAUUUGAAGAAAGCACAUCUCGAAAACCAAGCUAGUCUUCGCAAAAGUGCUAUGGAUGGGCUAAUUGAUUUGCUCCCGAAACUCAACCUCGAGCCUUACACUCGUUGGUCCGAAGCCCAGGGUCUCCUGAAGUCAACUGCCCCUUUCCAAAAUGAUGAGAAGUAUAAGACUCUAUCUGACUCUGAAAUCCUGACUGUUUUUCAAAAUCACAUCAAAUCAUUGGAACGGACUUUCAAUGAAACUCGACAGGCACAGAAAAAUAAAAAGUUUCGCAUCGAGCGAAAAAACCGUGAUGCUUUUGUGGAAUUACUCCAAGAGCUUCGCAAAGCCAAUAAGAUCAAGGCUGGUACAAAAUGGAGUCAAAUAUUACCUUUAAUCGAGAACGACGAACGAUUCCGAGCGGUUUGCGGACAGCCUGGAUCAACCCCACUUGAUUUGUUCUGGGAUGUGGUCGAAGAAGAGGAACGCGCUCUACGUGGCACAAGGAACGAUAUCUUGGAUGUCAUGGAUGAUAACCGUUUUGAUUUUACCCCUAAAACUACCUUUGAAGACUUUACCGCAGUCUUGAAGAGUGAUAAACGUAGUGCUAACAUUGAUCAUGACAUACUGAUGCUGAUUUUUGAACGGCUCCAAGAAAAGAAAUCAAAACGGUCCGAUGAGGAUAAGCAUUCCGAACGCCAGCAACGGAGAGCUAUCGACGACCUUCGCUCUUACAUCAAGCACCUUGAGCCCCCUCUUUCCGCAGAUGAUACCUGGGAAAAGGUCCGGCCUCGUCUCGCUCGCGCUGCUGAAUUUCAGGCAGUGACAUCGGAAGACGCUCGCAGAGGGGCCUUUGAAAAAGUCCUUCGCCGAGUUAAAGAUAGGGAGGAGGAAGAUCGUGAACGCCAUAAACGCCGAGACCGAUCGGUUGAACGUGGUACGUAUCGCGAUAGAGAUAAAGGAGACCGAUCUCACCGUAGUGAUCGUGCACGGACCUCUCGGCAUAGUCGCAGCCCCGAGCCAGAUGCGUAUGAAGCGGAUCGUCGUAAGGCUAUUGCGGAGCGUGAAAAAAAUUAUCGUAAGUCAAGCAUGGCUGAAAGCUUGCUAUCUGACCGUCGCACAAUGGAUUUGCACCGAGACCGAGAUAUUCGUGAGCGUGAGCGUGAGCGUGAUCGGGAUCGGGAUCGGGAUCGCGACCACGACCGAGACCGCGAGAGAGACCGUGACCGUGACCGUGAUCGGGAACGCGAUCGAGACCGGGACAGGGAACGUGAUAGGGAGUAUGCACCUCGAGCAAGGCGUGAUGAUCCUCCUAGUUAUUAUGAUCGGGAGAGACGGGACCGCGAGGAAGAACGUGAGAGGAUGUACCGUCGGCGUGUCGAAAGAGGCCCAGUCGACGAGUUACCCUAUGGCGAUGAACGGCCCACCUCCUCAAGACGCCGAAGAGCAGACGAAGAGGAUGAUAACGACCGUCGAGAUUCGAGAGACUCUAAGAGAUUGAGGAGAGAGAAGACCCCGCGCGAGCGCUCACCCCACCGUGAAGUUCGUCACAAGACCAAAACUCCACCUGCACCACGGCUACCGUCGAAAGAAGACCCAGGUGUGCACUCCGGUAGCGAAGAAGGUGAAAUCGAGGAAGACUAG